UAUCAGUCUGAAAGCACUCUCAGCAGUCGGCCAGAAAUUGUGGCAUAUAUUUUUGGAUUCAAAUUCGGAUGGCAAAACAUGCAGGUGCACUGUUGAAAACCGGCUAAAUACAAGAGUACGAGCGAGCAAAGACUAGGACACAAUGGAGAUGCAUCUGGGAGCAACGCUGCAUGUGUACAAGGGGGAGUACGGACUGCCGUCCAUAGAUUUUGAAUGUUUACGUGCUCUGUGCCUCCUGCGAUUCACCCGCUGUCCCAUGGACGUGCAGACGAGCUCCAAUCCCCUGCGUUCGGGAGCCGGAAAACUGCCCUAUCUGCAGAUCGGCAACCAGAAGUUCGCGGGCUAUAGGCAAAUUAAGCGCGUGCUGGAUCUCGAGGGUUACCCGAUAGAUGCGCAUUUAAGCACUAAACAAAAGCAUUUGUCCACCGCCUACGCCAACUGGGUGUUCACCAAUCUGCACGCCUACUACCACUACUUCCUGUAUGGAGAGCCCCACAAUUUUGACACAACCACGAGGGGUCUCUACGCCAAGCGCACACCAUUCCCCUUCAACUUCUACUACCCGUCGUCCUACCAAAGGGAAGCCUGCGACGUGGUCCAGGUGAUGGCCGGCUUCGAUGUGAACGACAAGUUGGACAAGCACGAAGGCGACUACCUCGUUGUCAAUGCCAAGAAGGUAGUUAAUCUGCUGUCCAGUAAAUUGGGUCGCAAGGUGUGGUUCUUCGGCGACACCUACAGCGAGUUUGAUGCCAUCGUCUACAGCUAUCUCGCCAUCAUCUUUAAGAUCGCACUGCCCAACAAUCCACUGCAGAAUCACAUUAAGGGCUGCCAAAACCUGGUAAACUUUAUAAACCGCAUCACAAAGGACAUAUUCCGCAACGAGGGCUACAGUUCCGUCAAACUCACAAAGACACCCAGUGGCACGGAGGCAAGUCUGACGGCCUCGGAGCGCAAGUUCAUGGAUUCUGAGCUCAACACCAAAAUAGUGGCCGGCGUGGGAGCAGUGUUGGCCAUGGGAGCGUUUGCGGCAUGGCGUGGGAUUUACAACCAGUUCUGGUUCAAUGUCUUUGUUUGGCUCCAGACACUCAUGUAGACCACAACAUACCAGACCAGGUGCAAAAUUCUCAGUUAAUUGCAAAUUCCGAUUGCUUCAUCCCUUGCAGCUAACGACACGCUCUUCGACGGACUACGAUGGCAUAGAUUACGAGGAUGACGAGAUGGAGGAGGGCCUAGACUAAUCGCAUCUCUGCAACGAUAUAUCUACGUGUAUAGUAUAUAUUUUAAAAUACAAUGUGGGGAUGAAGCACAAAAA